AUGGCGAAUCCUCGACACUCUGCCCCUUAUUAUCGAGGCCCUUCGCCAGCAGUCACUUACCAGAAGAAUGGACUGGUGCAGAUGGAUCCCACCCCAGAGCAUUUGCUCUCCAAGACCCAACACAACGCGUCGACGAAUCUCCUCUUGUUGCCUGCGGAGAUUCGUAACAUGAUCUUUAAGGAAGUUCUAGGCGGCUUCCAGAUAUCAAUGAACGUCCCCGGACUCGAUAUUUGGCAAAAUAGUGGUGAUGACUACAAGCCUGGAGAACUCCAAAAGCUCGCGUUUGUGCUGCCAUACGUAUGCCGCCAGAUCUAUACAGAGACCGCUCUAUUACCUUACGCACUCAAUACGUUCGUCGUGAGCUGCCGUUCCCACCGCGAUGCCUUUGCAGGAAACCGCAACCAAGCCCAGCUAGAAGCCAUACAAACCAUCCAAGUUAAUAACCCCUUCCUUUUUGAUUCGGUCAACGGGACGGGGUUUGGGGGCUGCUCACGGUACGCACGAGGAUGUAGUUGCCCGUUCGACUGGAAAUCCUACCGUUCUCAUUCCCCACCACCGUUAGCUAUGCCGUUCACACUCCUAUUCCCGAACUUGCGGCGAAUUUGGAUUGAAGUUGACGUCACUGAGACUGGUUCCGACGUCAAUUUCGUCAAGUUGUUGGCGCAACACGCUGGCUUCGAUGAUUGGAAGGAUUAUGUGACGAUGCGGGAGCGUGGUGUCCUUGAGGUCGUCGAGGUUGUUGACCCUAUCGAGAUCGAUGACCAAUAG